AUGUUGUUAACUACGAGUAUAACGGUUGUUAUCCAAACGUCGGCCGGCAUAAGACUGGAGAACCUGAACCUGAUACACCUUCUUCAGGUUCUUGGAUACUCUAAGAGGUCAUCGGUCUGUGACGUGUGUAGUUUAAAGCUUUUUAUUCUCAUGUUGGAAAAAGGAUUACCGGAUUCAAAAACGUGUUUGUUAAAUCAAAAACUUCAACUUUUAAACUGUUGCAUAUCACGUAGAAUUCAAAGAGAUAAACAAGCGAGUGAUAAUACUGGAGAAGAAUCAGAAUCCGAAGGGGAUGAUGAAUUUUUCGAUUGUGAUGCUGAUGUCGACGAAGAUGAUUUUAAAAAUAGGAAAGUGAAAGAAGCUUCUUCCGACAAACCGAUCGGAAGAUUGACUAAACACGAUUCGGUACCCAAAACGGAAGAUCAGUUGGAAGAAGAUACUCAGGUACUUUUAAAAUUAGGUAACAACGCAUUAGGUUCCGAACUUCGUGCGAGAUUGUUGAGUGCGUACCUUUUAUCCGACAUGGAAGCAUUUAAAGCUGCCAAUCCGGGAGCAGUUCUUGCCGAUUUUAUACGUUGGUGCUCACCACGUGACUGGAUAGAAGACGAAUCCGGAGAACUUGAUGAAUACGGACAAAAAAAAGGUCACCUAAGCAGUAGAAUGGAAAUUCCCGGUAACACGUGGAUAGAAGUUUGGGAGGUGGCACGACCAGUGCCGGCAAAAUGGCAAAAACGUUUAUUCAAUGACACGAGAGAAGCGGAAAAAGUUUUAGAUUAUUUAGAAAGGAAAACUCCGAGCGAAUUCAUACAACUUUUAUUACCCAUAAUGAUAGUUUGCGAAUUGAUAAAUGAUAUAAGUUGUGCGGAAACUCUUAUGGUUCAUUUAAAAUCGCUUAAAAGAAAAUUUUCAUUUACCGAAGAAGAAACGAAUCCGGAUGUAUUGAAAUUUAUCAUUGAUUUACUCAUGAAUGGUGAAGCUGAGGUACCCGGUGGACCUAAAUCUCAAAUCGGUUUAAAAAUUUGUAGUUUUUUUUCCGAAGCUCAAAAGGCGGAACAAUUAUUUUUGGAACCUGGAAGCCCUUUGACGAAUGAAAAAAUGAACGUCAUGUCACCAUUUCCGUCACCGAACAUAAAAGAAAUGAUAUUAAGGUUGUCGACUGUGAACGGCCCCCAAAGAUUACAUGCAAUAUUAAAACAAAACGAAUGUCGAAUUUGUGGAGUUUUCACUAAAAAUCUAUAUUAUAAUAAUAAUAAUAAUAAUUCGUGUUAA